GUCCGGUGUCUUCUGGGACACAUGACAGGUCCCAGAAGGCGCCGGGCCAUUCACAAAGCGCAGCGCUUCUCGCACAUGUGCAGCCAGCAGUCUCUGGUCAUCUCCUGUACUGUCUGCAGUCUCUGGUCAUCCCCUGCACUGUCUGCAGUCUCUGGUCAUCUGUACUGUGUCCCUGCAGUAUUGGAUCCCUGUACUAUGUCCCUGUCUUGGUCAUCUCCUGUACUGUGUCCGCAGUCUCUGGUCAUCUCCUGUACUGUGUCCGCAGUCUCUGAUCAUCUCCUGUACUGUGUUCGCAGUCUCUGGUCAUCUCCUGUACUGUGUCCGCAGUCUCUGGUCAUCUCCUGUACUGUGUCCGCAGUCUCUGGUCAUCUCCUGUACUGUGUCCGCAGUCUCUGGUCAUCCCUGUACUGUGUCCGCAGUCUCUGGUCAUUCCUGUACUGUGUCCGCAGUCUCUGGUCAUCUCCUGUACUGUGUCCGCAGUCUCUGGUCAUCUCCUGUACUGUGUCCGCAGUCUCUGGUCAUCUCCUGUACUGUGUCCGCAGUCUCUGGUCAUCUCCUGUACUGUGUCCGCAGUCUCUGGUCAUCUCC